UUCUAACACAAAAACCACUGGCAGAAGCAGAAGCAGAAGCAGAAGCAGAAGCUGGAGGAAGCACAGAACAGAACACCAUCUAAUCAAAAUCAAUUCUUCAAAUUCAAAGCAAAGAGAAAGAAAGAUGAACGAAGAUGGUGUCACUUCUGCAAUUCCCAAACCACUCUCUCCUCCCACUCCUGCUGCCAGCUCUGCCGGUGCAUCGUCGCCGGCGAUCGCCACUAACGGCCGCGACAAAUCGAGCGCAGAUUCACACAUGGUGGCUUCGAAUUCGAAUCCUUCCUGUCGGCCCUGGGAACGAUGUGAUUUGCUCCGCCGCCUUUCCACCUUCAAGCUCGCCGGAAAAAUUCCCAAGGUUGCUGGCUCAUUGGCCUGUGCCAAGAGAGGUUGGGUGAGUGUUGAUGUUACUAAGAUUGAGUGUGAGUUAUGCGGUGCUCAGUUAGAUUUUGCUAUGCUCUCGGCUUCGUCAGUUGAAGCUGAUACUUCCAGUGAAGAACUUUCUAAACAGCUUGAUAGAGGACACAAAAUCAAGUGUCCAUGGAGAGGUAAUAGCUGUCCAGAAAGUUUGGUGCAGUUCCCUCCGACUUCACCUUCUGCUCUAAUUGGAGGUUUUAAGGAUCGGUGUGAUGGACUCUUGCAGUUUUACUCUCUUCCCAUUGUAUCUUCAUCUGCAGUUGAGCAGAUGCGCAUUUCUCAUAACCCUCAAAUUGAUCGCUUUAUUGCUCAAUUGCAAGUCCAGACAGCUGGAGAAUUGGGCUACAAAGCAGAAAUGGGUGUUACUGGAGAACAGGCCCCUUAUUUAUAUUCUUAUGCUCAAAAGUUCAUCAGUCUUUGUGGAUGGGAACCACUGUGGCAUUCUAACAUCCUUGACUGUGAAGAACAGUCGGCGGAAUCUGCUAAAAAUGGUUACAGCUCUUGUCCAGCCAAAGGCUCUGCACCAGAUUCAGCUCCAAGCAGGAAGGAGUUUUCAACUUCAUCCAGGAAAGAUACUGGGGAUAAUGAUGUACUGGGUUCAGAAUUUAAUUGUGAAUCUAGGUCCCCUUUGUUAGAUUGUAGCUUGUGUGGGGCUACAGUGAGAGUAUGGGAUUUCUUGACUACCCCCCGUCCAGUUCACUUAGCACCCUGUGGGAUUGAUACCCCUCAAACAAGCAAGAAAAUAGCAUCAACACGAGGAAUUAGUGCAGCUAGCGGUAUUAAUGAAUUGGCUGCUGCUGAUGGUAUUGAAAAGGAGAGGACUGGAGACCGUGACGAGGCUACAACAUCUAAUAAAGGACAAUUUGUAUCCAAUAAAAAUCUGGAUUUAAAUCUUAAAGUGGCUUGUGGGCCAUCCUGUUCACCGAAAAAUUUGAUUUCGACUGUAAAUCAUGUUCAAGAUGCCAGUGAAGGGAGAUUUUUAAUGAUUGGGAACCCUUCUGCAAGUGGGGUUGGUGACCGGGCAGCAUCUAAUGAAUCACAAGGCCCCAAUGCACGCAAACGCAGGUUGGAUGAUGGUGCAAUCACAAUUGACAGACCACAUCUAAGCAUGCAACAGGCAGAUAGUGCUGAAAGAACUAUAAUGGACAAUGAAAUCACUGAUAGUCAACAGUUUUCAGCUGGCCCUUCAAAGCGUGCCCGUGAUACCAGUCUGUUGGAAACAAUCCAAUUUCCAUUAAGGAAUUCUACUGGUGCUUUACCUAUCCAUUCAUUGGAUAGUCAAAUAGAAGCUGAUCCAAACAUUGGUAACCAGUUGAGCUCUGAAAAGGAUCAUGUUGUCAGCAUGCCAUCUACCAGAGACAUCUCCCGUGCAUCUUCUGUUAUUGCAAUGAAUACUAUUUAUCACAGUUCAGAUGAUGAAUCAAUGGAAAGUGUUGACAAUUUUCCUGUAGAUGUUAACAAUGUCAAUUUCCCUUCUGUUGAUAUGAACGAAACAUCAGAGUUAAAUAGCCGCUAUCAAGCGCAGCAGAGUGCCUGUUCCCAACCACUUCUAGGAAGAGCAGGAGGGGAGACUGGUGUUAGCAGUUCAAAUGCUUGCGGGGAAGUUUUGAACACAGAGAUAUUGACUACUCAUGCUAGGGGUGGACCUAGUUUUGGUAUUAGUGGAGGAAGUGUUGGCAUGUGUGCAAGUCAUGAGGCUGAAAUCCAUGGGACUGAUGCCUCGGUUCAUCGAGGUGAGAGUUUAGGUGAUGUUGAACCAAUUGCUGAAGUUAUUGAAAAUCAUGGCCAAGCCAGUGAAUUUGCGCUAAAUCAGGGACUUACUGGUGAUUUUGUGCCAGAAGCUACAAGUCGAGAAUAUCCUCAAGGGGAUAGUCAAGCUGUGGUGUCUCAGUCUACAGCAAGGACUGAUAGUGGCUCAAAACUUAUAGCUUCAACCAAGGUUGAAUCUGUUGAAAGUGGUGAGAAGAUCAGUGGUAGCAUGGAGAUGCAAGGCCAUGAAAAUAGUACUCAUCCAUCUCUUUCUUGCAAUGCUGUUGUAUGUUCUGCCUAUGAAGCAUCCAAGGAAGAAGUUACUCAGACUGGGAAGGCAUCCUAUAUUGAUGAUGGUGCAUAUCAUGAAUCAAGCCAUUUAUCUGCAGAUGUUAUGGGGACUCCUUACACAGACAAUGGUAAUGGAGGUGUUGAAUUUGAUCCAAUCAAAUUACAUAAUGACUACUGUCCUUGGGUGAAUGGUGAUGUUGCUGCUGCCGGCUGUGAUAGUCCUUGUUCCAGUUCUAAUAUGGGAACUGUAGCACUUUGUGGCUGGCAGCUGACUUUGGAUGCUCUGGAUUCCUUCCAGUCACUUGGACAUCUUCCUGUGCAAACUCUGGAAUCUGAAUCGGCAGCGUCCAUGUGCAAGGGUGAACGGUUGACUUCGAGCCAGAAAUUACUAGCACGCAACUCGUAUGUAAGAAGCCGUGGAAAACGCUAAGACCUUCAGGAAGUUGUCAUGAGUUUCAGUCGAGCUGUUUCUCCAGAAUGAGUAUUAUUUUAUACAUCCCAAAUCAGGUUGUGCUUUUAAUCUAAUGACUAUCCAAUUUUUUCCCUUUCGAAAGUAAGUUUUGUUGCUAUAAUGUUUGCCAUUGUUCUAUUAGAUUUUGGAUUGGUAUUCAUUAGUUCAAUAAAAGUAUAUCAUUGUACCAAAA